GUCUUCCUCGCUAAAAGCCUCCCGAGCUCAUCUCCCAAAAAAGAAGGAAAAAAAAUCCCGAGCCGAACUGCGAUCGCCACGCCGGGGGACAGCGAGAGCAUGGCGACGGCGGAGUUGGUCUGAUCACGCCCAAGGAUAUUUUCCUUGACAGCAUAGAUUGUGCUUAGUAUGGCUCCUAAGAAAACCAGUAGAAGGCGGGCAAAAACCGAGGAAUGCAUCAUGAACUGUCUCCCAAGAGAACUCAUUGAGCAGGAAGCAAAUUAUAUAAGACCCGGUCUCACAUGUAGACCCUCGCCAGACAUCAACACGUGUCCUCCAUCACGGGGAAAUGCGCACGCAGAGACCGUUGGAUCAAGGAUGAACGGCAUGGAUGCAGGUCUCGCAGGGGUCUUUCUCACCCAGGGUAUUUCGACUUCAAAUGCCAGCAUUUCUCGUCAGUCCAUGGCGACGACGAUACUAAAACUCAAGAAGGAAAUUUUUAGCUUGUUCGCAGAACUGAGACUCCUGUUUAUUUCUUGCCAGAAAACAGCAACUUCUGUGGCACCAUCUCUCAUGUGUGUGGUGUGGAAUUAUGUCCAUGUGGCUAUGAUUUCUUUUCUUCAUAAAAAAUUUUUAGAACACCGCUUGCCUGAAUCCUUCUACGUCAGAGUUCCUGAGGAUAUCUCGUUUGCUUAUAUUCAGAGACUGACGGGCGACAAGAAUUGGGUUUGCUGAUUGCUAUGAUGCGAAAUACAAAUGUGUUCGACCUGUCUUUAUUGCCGUUCUCUCAGGUUAUCCGUAUCAGUUACUGCACUGGAGUUUCAGGCUGUCGGUCAUCAAGCAUGUUGCCGCUUGCCUGACAAAUGCAUGCAUCCGCUGGAGUUUCAGGCUGUCGCUGCCAGAUGGCCGGAAGCUGCCGGUUUUCGCAGCAAACUGGGCGAGUCCCGGCGCACGGCAUGGCGCGUUCUUCAUUCCAAGAAAUCGCUGCGGAGGCAUGGAACCAAGACGUGCAGGACUGCAGGUGUCAUCAAUGGCAGGUAUGCUUGUAGUAUGAUGCAGCGGUGACGACUGAUGACUCAGGCUUUUAUGCUGUACUGUAUUCUUCUGAGGAUGCAAACACCGGCACAUCAGGGAGCAGGGAGGGAUAGAGAGAGAUUCCUCUGAAAUGCUUCAUGGAAGAAGCUUCAUUGAUAGCUCAUGUUCGUCAGCAUGGGAGCUUCAUCUGCCACGGCAUCAAGUGGUGAAGUUUGAAGAAAUUUAUGGGAUCAUAACCUCUCUCUUUUUUUUUUAUCCUGAAGCAAUCAGAUGAUUCUUGAAAAUUUUCCCA